CGCGUCAGUUUCUCUAUCCUGUUGUUGGCAUCUUUAUUGUUUGCCGGAUGUAACAAAUAUCAGCAGGUUUCUACUGAUUUGAUGUGCUUUCGGUGGGUCUAUAUGUGAGGCUAAUUUACAAAUAUCGAACGCUGUUGUAUUUAUUUGGGGAUCUCCUGCAGUGAAUGAGGUGUAGUGUUGUAACUGAGCAGUCCUCCGUGUGGACCUGAGAUGGGCCAGCAUCUUUCUGGCCAGGCGGUGAGCAGACUGCCUGAGAAACUGAUCAAACAUGUCGGGCUGGUGCGAGACAGUGGAUACCUCACCUAUGAUGAGUUCCUGGGUAGCAUGGCAGAGCUCAAUGAUGUAACUGCUAAACUAGCUUCCGGCCAGAAGAAACAUCUUCUGUUUGAAGUGCAGACUGGAUCUGAUGCAACAUCUUUAUGGAAAGUUGCCGUGAGAAUAGUGUGCACCAAGAUUAACAAAGAGGAUGGAAAUGUCGAGGCCUCCCGCAUUAUGAACCUCUACCAGUUUCUCCAGCUCUACAAAGACAUCACCAGUCAGGCAUCUGAAGUCAUGAGUGUGGAGAUGGCAACAGGAGGAUCGUCUGGACAGCUGUCUUCAGAAGAUACCUGCCAGGCCAGCAUGUGGAUGGGCAGGGUGAAACAGUUGACAGAUGAAGAGGAAUGCUGUAUCUGUAUGGAUGGUAAAGCAGAUCUUAUUCUACCCUGUGCUCACAGCUUCUGCCAGAAGUGUAUCGAAAAGUGGAGCGGUCAGAGCAGAAAUUGCCCCAUCUGUCGUAUUCAAGUGACUGCCGCCAAUGAAUCAUGGGUCAUGUCGGACGCUCCCACGGAGGAAGAUAUAGCAGGAUACAUUCUCAAUCUUGCAGAUGAAGCUGGUCACCCACACAGACCUUAAAAUGAAACACUGUGCCACUGUCUCUCUCCAUCUCCCCACUGCCUAUUUCAUGACGUACUGUUAAUAGUAAAUGUAUUUAUUGCAGUAUAAUGUCAUUCACUGAAGGCAAUAAGGACUGAUUAUUCUGACUCUUUUCAGGUUGAUGCAUCAUAUUUUAAUUUGAGUAGUUUACAUAAGGUGUUCUUGUGUAGAUAAAUGAGAGACGACACAUAGCUUUAGAAUUUAAUAGAUUUUCUUCUUGCAAGUCCAGUUUGAUCUUGUUUAGUAAUGGCCCUUCAUUGCAUCGGUUUUGUAGAGGCCUUGUAUUACCUGAAAAACAGCGUUUCCGUAUCAGCAUGUAUAACAGUUUAAUGGUAAUUGACUCGCAUAUGAUGUGGGAACAUUACACCUACAGUAACUUCAUGAAGUCUUAUAAUGUAGUGAUCCAUUUAACACUUAUGCAAAUUGUGCUUUUUAUAGGGAUUAAUCACUGACAAUUUUUGUUCAAAAUCCAAAAGAUUAAGCUUUUCAUCUCACACUUUUCAGUUUAUGUGUGAGAGAGAGAGAGACUGUGAAUAUGAGGGCUUAGGAAAAUUAAUUGUAAUAUAAAGGAAGUAUGUGUAUAUAGAGAUCAAACGUUAUAUAAAAGUCUAAAGUUGUAUUGGAGUUUAUUAACGAUUAAUUUAAUUUCAGUAAAUCUACUUUUUAAAUGGUAACUUCUGUAAUAUCCUCACAGAUAUAAAAAUAUGAGAAAUAUUUUUUUCUGCGAUAGUGUUGUUUGAAUGAGAGCUGUUUGAAAGUGGGAUGUUCAGUGCACAGUUUCUUCCUGUGUGUGUAAAUCUGACAAUAAAUGGAACUAAAUAUUU